AUGGCGGAGGUCGUAGCUCCCGGUAGCCCAGCCCACCCGCAAGCGCAACAGCAACCACAACAAGCACAAGCACAAGCACAAGCACCGCUGCAGAGUGCGCCUCAUGGCAAGAAACGGCCUGCCGAGAACUCGCUGGAGCACGAGCACCGGCUGAGCAAGCGAUUCGACCUGUUGAACCUGCUCGACGACAACGGCACUCGCCUCUACAUUGGCGUGCCCGGCUCUUCAAGCUCCAGUGCGCUUCAAUCGCCUGCUGCCAAAGCUGUACAACCACCACAACCCACAAUAUCACACAACAAGCGCUCCCACAGACCGCGCCCUCCGCCCGACGAAGAUGUCAUGCAAGUCGAAGACACGCCGCAUAGAGUCUACAUCGCCGACCUGAACGCCGAACUCUCCGACAUCGAGUCGGACGAAGACACGCCCAUCUUCCUGUCCGACAUCGAGAAACACCUCUCCAAGAUACCGCGCCACAUACUCCUUGGGCCCGAGCCAAAGACGCCCGAAGACAGCCAGCUCGUGCUGUACAAUGUGCCUACGAGUCUGAGCGUGCCGGAAGAACACGAUAAUGUGAGGAAGGCCAUCGUGGAGGCACGCCGGAGGAUCAGAGAGAAGCAGGCGAACCCAGUCACUGAGCCAGAUGGAGUGCAUGGAGCUACUACUGGCAUGCUGGAUAUACCACCAGCAGAAGAUGACGACGAUGCAAUGGACAUUGACUGA